ACCAUUAUAGAAAAGAUUUAUUUACUGCAUGCACCGUGUUAGUUCUAACAAAAAUGAUUUGCUGACUAUUAAUAACGGAAAUGCUCGAGGCCAAAGCAAGUUCGAGAUAACACAGUUUCACCGAUAACGUGGUAAGAUUUUUUGGCACCUGAGGACCGCGUUAUAUCGGGAUAGAGAUGUACUUCAUUUCCAAACUGAUUGGCAGUUCAAUGGUGUACAGUAAAUAAACCACAUUGAAUUGUUUGUCUUAACUUUUUAUUUUAAAUAAUUUAUUUCUUGAGUCCAUUUCUGAAACUUCAGAUGAAAAUAAUUAUUCAUUACCUGGUGUUAGGAUAAAAAGUUACCAUUGCAUUUUUAUCCUCGUAGCCAAAGUAUUUACUCCUAGCCAGAGCCACAUUUGCUGUAGUAAUCCCUUACUUUUUUUUUUUUUUUUUUUUUUAAUGUCACCAGUAUAGGAUUUCCACAGACUUGAAAGCAGGGAAAUUGAAUGUUUUUGUAAUUUGAUGUUUGUUUGUUUGUUUGUUUGUUUUUUACCAGUGAAAGAGUCAAGUAGCAGGGAAAAAACAACCUGUGAGACAACUAACAGGUCUCCGGACCUAUCAGAAAGCCUACACCUAGAUGUUUCCAGCAUGGGAUGUCACAUGCUCAGCUAAUACAACAGUUGAUGGUGACACUAAGGCUGGACUUUGGCCCCUGGCCAAAGCUAGGCUUGGCCCCUGCAAGCUACAUGUGCAGGUUCUUUCUCCCUACACGGAGCCCCACGUCAGUGGGGGUCCAUGCGGACACAAGGUUCCACCCAUAUGGAGUUCAUUGCUGCAUUGGGACCUUUUACCUCCACCUCUCACUCGGACCAGUCAGUGCACACAAAAUCUGCUUCGGUUGUGUCAUCGGAUUCAGUCUCCACCUCCACAGACAACUUUUCUCCAGAUCUGAGGGUCCUGAGGGAGUCUAAUAAAUUGGCUGAAAUGGAAGAACCUCCUUUGUUGCCAGGAGAAACCAUUAAAGACAUGGCCAAAGAUGUGACUUACAUCUGCCCAUUCACUGGAGCUGUAAGAGGAACCCUGACUGUUACAAACUACAGACUAUAUUUCAAAAGCAUGGAAAGGGACCCACCGUUUGUCCUAGAUGCUUCUUUAGGUGUGAUCAACAGAGUGGAGAAAAUUGGGGGUGCUUCCAGCCGUGGUGAGAAUUCGUAUGGGCUGGAGAUUGUCUGCAAGGACAUUCGAAACUUACGGUUUGCUCAUAAACCUGAGGGACGAACUAGGCGAUCCAUAUUUGAGAACUUAAUGAAAUACGCUUUUCCAGUAUCCAAUAAUUUGCCCCUUUUUGCAUUUGAAUACAGAGAGGUUUUCCCUGAAAAUGGCUGGAAGGUGUAUGACCCUAUUUUGGAGUACAGAAGACAGGGAAUUCCCAAUGAAAGCUGGAGAAUAACCAAGAUAAACGAGCGCUACGAGCUGUGUGAUACAUACCCUGCCAUUCUAGUUGUGCCCGUGAAUAUUCCCGAUGAAGAAUUAAAGAGAGUGGCAUCUUUCAGAUCAAGGGGUCGCAUACCAGUUUUGUCAUGGAUUCAUCCCGAAAGCCAAGCUACGAUCACGCGCUGUAGCCAGCCGAUGGUUGGAGUGAGUGGAAAGCGAAGCAAAGAGGAUGAAAAGUAUCUUCAGUCCAUCAUGGAUUCCAAUGCUCAGUCCCAUAAAAUCUUCAUCUUUGACGCGAGGCCUAGCGUUAAUGCCGUAGCCAAUAAGGCUAAAGGAGGGGGCUAUGAAAGUGAGGAUGCCUAUCAGAAUGCAGAAUUAGUUUUCUUGGACAUUCACAAUAUUCAUGUUAUGAGAGAAUCAUUGAGAAAACUGAAGGAGAUUGUAUAUCCUAACAUUGAGGAGACUCAUUGGCUGUCCAAUUUGGAAUCGACUCAUUGGCUGGAACAUAUCAAGCUAAUUCUUGCUGGCGCUCUUCGGAUUGCUGAUAAGGUGGAGUCGGGGAAAACCUCCGUGGUUGUGCACUGCAGCGACGGCUGGGACCGAACAGCUCAGCUCACAUCUCUGUCCAUGCUCAUUCUCGAUGGCUACUAUCGAACAAUAAGGGGGUUCGAGGUGCUUGUGGAGAAGGAAUGGCUGAGCUUUGGGCACAGAUUUCAGCUGAGAGUUGGCCAUGGAGAUAAGAAUCAUGCAGAUGCAGACAGAUCUCCCGUAUUUCUCCAGUUCAUUGAUUGUGUCUGGCAAAUGACAAGACAGUUUCCUACCGCAUUUGAAUUCAAUGACUGUUUCCUGAUGAUCAUUCUGGACCACCUGUACAGCUGUUUGUUUGGGACUUUCCUGUGUAGCAGUGAGCAGCAGAGGGUGAAGGAGAACCUUCCAAAAAAGACACUGUCAUUGUGGUCUUACAUCAAUAGCCAACUUGAAGACUUCACUAAUCCCUUGUAUGUGUGCUACUCCAACCACGUCUUGUAUCCUGUGGCCAGCAUGCGCCACCUAGAGCUUUGGGUGGGAUAUUACAUCAGAUGGAAUCCAAGGAUGAAACCACAGGAGCCUGUCCACAGUCGAUACAAGGAACUUCUUGCCAAACGGGCUGAGUUGCAGAAGAAAGUAGAGGAGCUCCAGAGAGAGAUUACCAACCGAUCAACCUCAUCCUCGGAGAGAGCUGGCUCUCCUGCACAGUGUGUCACUCCUGUACAAACAGUUGUAUAAUAUGGACUUCUAUUAAGUAUUUCCCAGGACCACCUUAAAAGGGCAGCUCUAAUAGGAAACCCUUUGAAUUUAGAUCCUGGUGUCUUGGAGACAUCAACCACCUUAUUUAUUACAUUUCUCUCCAGGGUAAUUUAUUAGUACUGUAGCACUAGAGGAAGCUUAAGCUAAAAAAAGGGCAGACCCCUAUGCAAUUAUCUUGGUGGCUAGAUGAUGCUAAAACUAAUUGCACCUGUCACCUAAAAACAAAACCUAGAGCUCUCACUGACUUAGCUGUUAGAAAUUAUUUUGCUUUGAAUGAGCGACUAUUGCUUGGAAGGAAGUAUUCUGUAAGCAAAGUAUCUACAGAGGAGGAGGACAAUGAAAAUUCUCCACCUUGCUGAAAAGAAACUAAAAGAGACUGAAGUAAGAAAUCAGUCUGCAGAAUUCAUAUCUGACUCAAAUGUUUAGAAUAUAGCCAUUGAAUAGUUUGACUUAUCAAUGUCAAUAUACAUAUAACUGUCAGUUGAAUUGUUUUGCCAACGUGUCACUGAAAGACAGAUGCUGAUAGGACCUGAAUAAUAGAAUGCUUUUUACUAUUUAGAUAGAUAGGAAAGAACCAAUCACUGAUAUACAUCAGAGGAAGCUAGGCCAAGUUCUGUGACUUUACUUCUGUCAUGGAGGUGGAAUUUAAAAGAAACAGACUUGGUUUUUAGGUAUAUACUCAAUACUGCAAAGUGAUGCCUUAUUUACAGGAAGGGCAGCUUCUACCUGUAGGACAUGGUAGUGGAUGAGCCCCUCGUAUCCCUCAGCUUGUCCUUUUUGGGACCAAGUUUAUCUCCAUCCCCCUCACCUGGAAUCGUCACUUAUUUUCACCCAGUUCAAUACUAUGAAGCAGAUGUUAAUUACUGAGGGGGUGGGAAACAGAUCCCCAUAGUUUCUGCAUUUUUUUUGUGUGUGUGUGCGCGCCUCAGAUGCAAGAGCUGGCAAUGUAAAUGAUAUAAAACAGGGCAAGUGCAACACUUGCUGGGAUCAACUCAAUUUAAUUUUGCUUAGGUAAGUGUAAAUAGUUAUUUCCGUAUUUCAGUAUGGGAUCACGAUGAUGUGCUUAAAAUUCAAACUGACUGUUUUACUUCUCUUCUGUUGACAGUAAGCGUAUCGACCAAAGAAAGCUUUCUGCAUGUAUUACAAUCGCCAUGUAAAAGUAGCCGUCAGUUGAUGGAGUUGUGUAGCCUGCUAGCAUAUUUCAGCACUAGCUUAAUAACUUUUACACUGUCAGAGAAGAGAAUACAGUGGACUUAGAACAAAGAAUCAUUGUCAUUGGCACAAUGAUCGAUUAAACUUUGUCCAAAAUCAAUGUUAAUUAUUGUAGAAAUCAGGGUGAAAACAGUCAAUUUUCUGGUGAUUACUUUUGUUGAACUGAUUUUUUUCAUUUUAAUUGUGUCUUUCCAAAUACAUGCAUAUGCACUUGAAUGAGGAGGUUGGGGGUGUAGCAAAAGUCAACCUAUUUAUAAGGGCUUUUUAGCUUUGCCUCUGGAUCUCAUUUCCAUAUGCAGCUGUAUGUUUUGAUCAGAGUAAAAAGAACAGGAGUACUUGUGGCAUCUUAGACACUAACAAAUUUAUUUAAGCAUAAGCUUUCAUGAGCUACAGCCCACUUCAUCAGAUGCAUAAAAUGGAACAUAUAGUAAGAAGAUAUAUAUACACAUACAGAGCACAUGAAAAGGUAGAAGUUGUCAUACCAACUCUAAGAGGCUAAUUAAUUAAGAUGAGCUAUUAUCAGCAGGAGAAAAAACUUUUGUAGUGAUAAUCAAGAUGGCCUAUUUCAGACAGUUGACAAGAAGGUGUGAGGAUCUUUAACAUGAGAAAGAGAUUCAAUUUUGGUAAUGACCCAGCCACUCCCAGUCUCUAGUCAAGUCCAAGUUAAUAGUAUCUAGUUUACAAAUUAAUUCCAGUUCAGCAGUUCGACCUGCUGAAGGUUGAAACAACACACUGGACUUCUACAUAGAGUGCUUCUGUCGACCUGCACAGGCUGAAAUUGUGGAAAAGCAGCAUUACUUGCCCCAUAACCUCAGCCGUGCUGAACACAAUGCCAUCAACAGCCUCAGGAACAACUCUGACAUCAUAAUCAAAAAGGCUGACAAAGGAGGUGCUGUUGUCAUCAUGAAUAAAUUGGAAUUUAACAGUACCAGACUUAAAAGGUGGCAAUUUUGCAACAGAAAAGCUUCAAAAACAGACUCCAGUGAGAAACUGCUGAACUGGAAUUAAUUCGCAAACUAGAUACCAUUAACUUGGGCUUGAAUAGACACUGGGAGCAGCUGGGUCAUUACCCAAAUUGAAUCUAUUUCCCCGUGUUAAGUAUCCUCACACCUUCUUGUCAACUGUCUGAAAUGGGCCAUCUUGCUUAUCACAAGUUUUUUUUUCCUCCUGAUGAUAAUAGCUCAUCUUAAUUAAUUAGCCUCUUAGAGUUGGUAUGGCAACUUCCACCUUUUCAUGUUUUGUAUGUAUAUAUAUCUUCUUACUAUAUGUUCCAUUCUAUGCAUAUGGUGAAGUGGGCUGUAGCCCACAAAAGCUUAUGCUUAAAUAAAUUUGUUAGUUUCUAAGAUGCCACAAGUACUCCUGUUCUUUUUGCAGAUACAGACUAACACAGCUUGAUCAGAGUAGUUUGGCAGAUAUUGAGCAGUCAGCAUAUGUAUAUUGCCUCUAAGGCAGUGUCAUUUCCUUUGGAAAGCUACUUGUGUUUUACUGUGUGCCUCCCUCUUCCGCAGCUAUGUCAAUCCAUUAGGCUGAAGUCUUCUCUCUCGUGGAUGGCCUAGCAUUAAGAUGAAGUGUAAACAUCACUGAAUGUUAGUUAGGGUAACAUGAUCCUUAAUGACUUUUUUUUUUUUAAUCAGGAUGUAUUGAUUCUUUGCACCAUAUGAUGUAUGGGGAGUGUACAGCUUGCUUUAAGUUCACGAGAAAGAGAGAGAGAGAGACACACACACACACACAGUUGGCCUGUCCUCAGAUUCCAUCACUAUAUAAAAUGGGUCUGUCUUCAGUUCUCAGAUACUACAGUGCAGUAUAAGAACCUCUAUGGAAUAGUCAUUUACCUCUUUACUCUCACUUUGGCAGUUUCACUAGGUAUGCAUUGUUGUUUCCUGAAGGUUAAUACUAAGUGUUAAGUGGCUGUAGUUUUUCUCCUGGGGCCCUGCUCUCGCUUCCAACAGUAUUUGUUCGUUAUAAAACAAAAGAACUGAAUGUUGACAUGUCAGUCAUAUCACUGAAAAGUAACAAUUUCAGAAGUCAAAGUACAGCGGAGGAGAUGAGAAGUAUAUAUGGCAUUCUCAGUAAGCAAAGGGGUUUUGCUGAUGAGAUUCAAGCUUUGUAGUUGUAGAAUUAUUGUAACAUAAUUGCUUUGUAUACUGCCAGAGCAACUUCCUGCUCAAAGGGAGUGUUUUCCUUUGGCUACUGUCCCAGUAACAAUCUCUGGGCUGAUUUUUUCCAUUUAGCUGUGAGUAGUAAUUCUUCCAUUAUCUCAAAUAAUUUUGAGCUGGCAAAUAUUUAACAUGAGCACCUCACAGUGUUAAUAUAUGUAGACUCCCAAUACCUCUCGGAGGUAGGGAAACUGAAGCACUGAGAGUGAAGGAGUUGCCUGAGGUUACAAAGGAUACCUGUGGCAGAGCAGGAAAUUUAACCCAGGUCUUCCAAGUGCCAGGCUCCCAUCUUCACUACUUACCUAUCCUUCCUCUCUACUAAUGCCCCCUAACACCUUUGCUCAGGCAGUGCUUGAGGUGAGUUUUAGUGGGGCAGGAUUUUUUUAAACAGUCUGAUAUUCAAUUCAAAGAGUAAACUGUAUCAGUCUUACAAGGAGUAAAAAGGCACAGCUAGAUAAUUAGUAAAGAGAAAUUUCAACUUACCUCACUCAGAUUUGCAAGUUAAUUUUAUUGAUUUCCAAUCAUAAAACUUUAGACACACAGGUAAUUUGAGUCUGUCUUCUGUACACACCAUUACUAUGAAAUUCUUUACAUUAUUAAUAUAAUAAAUAACAUUCACUGAGGUGUGCAAGUCAUUUAGCACUUAUACCUGCACCAUUACAAAAGCAGAUAUCCAAGUCAAAGUGAAUAAUAUUUCAAGUUAAAAUUAAGCAAGCUGCCAGCAUUGAAUGGCAUGAUUGAGGCACUUUCAAAUUAAAAAUGUCCACGCUUUACUGCUCCAGCCAAAGUGCACUAGUAAAUGAUAGAUUUUAUCCCAAUGUUCCACAUCACACUUAAGUGAAAAAGUAUCCUGAAGGUGCAUUUCUCUACUAUUAAAUGAGUCAAUUGGUAAGAAAAACUAGUCCAAAAGAUAA